UUCGGCACGAGAGGAUCAUCUCUCGUUCAUUGCUGGCGAAUGCGAUCUGACCAAAACCAAAGUUUUUCGAUUUCAUCGCCUCUCUCUCUCUCUCUCUCUCUCUCUCUCUCGCUUUCAUUUCGUGAGUCCCCAAACCCUCCACCCUCCUCCUCUUCUCUCGAAUCGCUGACAUGGUGCUUCCGCUCCUCCGGCACGCAGCGAUCGCCCGCACUUGUUCACUUCUCAGAGCUCGUCUUCUCGCUCCCGCCUCCGGAUUCCACACUCGCUUUUCUAAUGGAGUAUACCACUCGGACGACAAGAUUAGUAGCAGUCAUGGUGCUAGUUUCAGGCCUGCCUCGAUAGACAUGAUUACAAGAAUGGAUAAUAGUCAUCCAACGUCCAUUCUGCGUUUUGGCAUGCGGAACUUUUCAUCAACAGGACCCACACCACAGACAGUUCUUACAAUGCCAGCCUUGUCUCCUACAAUGGUUAGGAAAUGGGACUUCAAUCUUGUAAAAACUUUUUUGGCCUCCCUGCAAGAAGUGCAUUGUUUUAUUAUUUUUUUUGGGUUUUUGCAGAGUCAUGGUAAUAUUGCAAAAUGGUUGAAGAAAGAAGGCGAUAAGGUAGAGGUGGGCGAUGUACUAUGUGAGAUAGAGACAGACAAAGCCACUGUAGAACUUGAGAGUCAAGAAGAAGGAUUUCUGGCCAAGAUUGUAGUAACGGAAGGAUCAAAGGAUAUUCCCGUUAAUGCACCAAUUGCAAUAAUGGUUGAGGAGGAAGAUGAUAUUCAAAACGUUUCUGCUGUAGAAGGUGGACAAGUUGGUAAAGAGGAAACCUCAGCUCCUCAAGAGAUGAAAUCUGAAGAAAGCACACAACAAAGAGAUUCCAUUCAGCCUGAUGCAUCAGAUCUUCCCCCACAUGUUGUCUUAGAAAUGCCAGCACUUUCUCCCACAAUGAACCAAGGUAACAUUGCCAAAUGGUGGAAAAAAGAGGGUGACAAGAUUGAAGUAGGUGAUGUCAUAGGUGAGAUCGAGACUGACAAAGCCACUCUGGAAUUUGAAAGCCUUGAAGAAGGGUACUUAGCUAAGAUUCUAAUUCCUGAAGGUUCCAAGGAUGUGGCUGUCGGAAAGCCGAUUGCACUUAUAGUUGAAGAUGCUGAAAGCAUUGAAGCCAUCAAGUCUUCUUCCGCAGGUGGUUCUGAGGCUGUUACUGAAAAACAAGCCCCUCAAAGUGUUGCAGAUAAAUCCGGAGGGAAGAAAGCAGGCUUCACAAAGAUCAGUCCAGCAGCAAAGCUAUUGAUUUUAGAACAUGGAUUGGAGGCAUCAUCAAUUGAGGCCUCGGGUCCCUACGGUACAUUACUGAAAUCGGACGUUGUUGCCGCAAUUGCUUCUGGGAAAACAUCUAAAAAAUCAGUGUCUACGGAGAAGAAACAGCCAUCAAAGGAGAACAUAUCUAAAUCUUCUUCCGUAUCGCGGCCUGAAUCAAAGUCUUCUGUGACACCGUCAAAUGAUUAUGAAGAUUUUCCCAAUAGUCAAAUUCGCAAGAUUAUAGCUAAACGUUUAUUGGAAUCAAAACAGAAAAUACCCCAUUUGUAUUUAUCAUCAGAUGUUGUAUUGGAUCCUCUUCUUGCAUUUAGAAAAGAACUUCAAGAAAACCAUGGUGUUAAAGUGUCGGUCAAUGACAUAGUUAUCAAAGCAGUGGCAGUCGCACUGAGAAAUGUACGACAAGCUAAUGCUUUCUGGGAUGCUGAAAAAGGAGAAAUUGUUUUGUGUGAGGAUGUUGACAUAUCAGUUGCAGUUGCAACUGAGAAGGGCUUAAUGACUCCAAUUAUCAGAAAUGCAGACCAGAAAUCUAUUUCUGCUAUUUCCUCUGAGGUUAAGGAGCUGGCACAAAAGGCACGAUCUGGAAAGCUUGCUCCUCAUGAGUUUCAAGGAGGGACAUUUAGCAUUUCAAACCUCGGAAUGUAUCCUGUGGACCAAUUCUGUGCAAUCAUUAACCCCCCUCAGGCUGGAAUUCUAGCAGUUGGUAGAGGAAAUAAAGUCGUGGAGGCAAUUCUUGGAAUAGAUGGAACUGAGAAGCCUUCGGUUGUAACAAAAAUGAAUGUGACGCUAUCCGCUGAUCAUCGGAUCUUUGAUGGACAAGUUGGAGCUUCGUUUCUGUCUGAACUGCGUUCGAACUUUGAGGAUGUUCGAAGACUUCUCCUUUGAGAAUGGUUCAGCUGUUCAACAAAUGAACCCUUGGAUGAUUACUGCAUAAUAAACCUUGGACCCACGUACACAUCCAGAACCAUAACUGUUGGUCAACAGUACAAGCUCUGAAUCACUUGUUUCAUUUUUUACAAUUUGGUUUCUGACUACCAAAAAUUUGGUUUUGGUUUACAUUUCUUCUCAUAGAUUCGUAUGUUCUUGAGGUAUUAUUGUUUGCCCGGUCCUCUGAAAAAUAAAUAAUUUCAGCUGUC